CCUCCAUGAGCACAAUAAUUGCACUUUAUAAUCAAUUAGAAUCAAUAAUAUUGAAACAGUUAUCCAAAAGUGAAUUCUUUAAACAUCAUCUUGAUGAUCCAAUAUCAAUCAAAAUAACAUCUAUUGGUAUAAUUAUCUUGGUUUUAAUAAUAAUUUAUAAGUUGAUUUUCAAUAUUGGAUUACAUUUACAAGUUUGGGAAUUACCUGGUAAAGAAUAUUUCAUUGAUACUCCAGUUCAUUGUGCUCAUGUUUAUAUAAAUGGUCAUGUUAUUAGAAAUUUCAAUCAAAAUGAUCAAAUAAUCUUAUCAACACCAUUGAAAUAUCAUAUUGAAUUUGCACCUGAAGAUUUUGAAAAUAACGAGAAUCCAGAACUUGGCUCCACUUUAGGUUUCACUAGAAAGAAGUUGUAUUUCUUAUUUAAAGAUUCUUCAUUUUUCGAAUCAUUAACAUCAAAUGAACAAAAAAAUUACAAAAUUAGUGAUGUAUUGAUUUAUCAUAAAAAAGUUGAAUUGAAAGAUGAUUCUAAACCAUUAUGUUUACAUGGUGUGGAAACAGGUUUCAAAUUAGAUGUAUAUUACAAUAUAAUAUAAUAUAGUUUUUUUAAUUAAAAGACCAGCUUUAAUAAUUCAAUCUAAAUUCAAUCUUGG